AAUCCAAUUCAAUAGCUGCCCUGAAACUCAAUUCAACGCGAAGGAAAAAGAGUGACUAAAGAUAACGUUUAUUUCUUUAGUUCUGCAUUUCCACCUAGUAAGAAAUAAUGUCACAACAGAGUCAACAGUCAAUUCAACCAAGAUCAUGGGAGCUGAGCUUAUAUGAGCUGCACAGAAAGCCCCAUGAGGCCAUCACAGAUGAUACAGAAAUUGCAAUUUCACCAAGGAGUCUUCAUAGUGAGCUCAUGUGCCCUAUAUGUUUGGACAUGCUUAAGAAUACAAUGACAACAAAAGAGUGUUUGCAUAGGUUUUGUCAGGAAUGCAUUAUCACUGCCCUUAGAAGUGGCAAUAAAGAGUGCCCAACCUGCAGGAAGAAAUUAAUUUCCAAGCGAUCAUUAAGACCAGAUCCAAAUUUUGAUGCAUUAAUUGAUAAGAUUUACCCAAACAGAGAAGAAUACGAAGCCCACCAAGAAAGAGUGUUGCAAAAAUUGAACAGUCAUCACAACCAACAAGCGCUUACAACAAGCAUAGAAGAAGGCCUAAAGCUCCAAGCUCAAAACAGGCUGCAAAGAAUGCUCAGACAGCAACAAAAAAGGGCUAUGGAAGAGAUGUAUUUUGUAGCUAUGGAUACGGUUGAAGAAGGAGAGGGAAUAAUGCCAGUAAUGCCGACUCCAAAGGUAGUUGCAACUGGUAAAAAACGAAAGAAUGUACCAGAAACGGCAGAGAUGGAGGGAGGAACAUCUGAUGUUAGGAAAGAGUCUGUCGAAGGUCCUGAGGAAAUAGAGUUGGUGUUUCGCCCGUUGGUCCGCAACGAAGGAGCAGGAUCGAUGGACAGUCAGGCUAGAUAUCUCAUUACGUCAUCAAUCGCUACAGUUGAUCAUUUGUCGAUUUACCUCUCAAAGCGACUGGGCCUUGCGAAGCAAAAGGAAGAACAAAGCGAAGAAAACCCUGUGACGCAAUCAUUAAAUGCAAAUGCUUUUGAAACGAAGCAGUUUGAGAUAUUUGUCACUUUAUCUUCCGGUGAACACCAGAUUUUGGAAGGAUCCAUGACUUUGGAGCAGAUAAACGAAAAGUAUUGGAAUCAAAACAAGCCGCUUGAAAUGUACUAUUCAUUGUCGCAAGAAGAAUCAUGAUUGAUGGUUUAUAUUAGGUUCUACAGAUCUUAGAGACGAAACAAAAGAGCCAAUUGUGUUCCGUACACUUGACCAGCGACCGGAGUUCUACGGGAAGUAGGCAAAAAUUGAAUUUUUUCAGACAAGUUGAAAUUUGGUAACAAACAUUCACCACUGUUUCUGGCUCAGAGUAUUAGCCUGGAGUUAAACAGCCCCACAAACGUUUGUAGAAUAGUAAGAUUUAAACUACGUUUACCAUUUAUAAUAUAGUAGUAAUCAUUGCUGUGAUAUUUGCUAGAAAAA